AUGCCGGGAGUUCCAUCAGGCCGGGCUUGCGAGGGAUGUCGGAAACAAAAAAGAAGGUAUUGCGACGAGAAGCAGCCGACAUGCGGGCGCUGUUUGCGCCUCAAGAUCGAGUGCGUGGGAUCCGGCAUGCAAAGAUUCAAAUUCCAGCAAGAGCAUAAAUUCCAACGGGCCAAGGCCCAGAUCAAGAGCCACGGCAAUGAAGAAUUUCUUUUUCAGACCUCCGAGAAACCAACCCGAUCUCCACCCAGCCAUGCCUUGAAUCCGUCAAAACGUAUAGUCAUGCCCCGGAAAUACGGCCAAGCCCUUAAUGUUCCCAUUCCGUCGGAGAUGCUCCUAGUAAAACCUAGUAACGAGCUCACGCAAUUGGCCGACGCCUUCGUGAGAACCAUCAAGCGUUCCACCGAUCUCCGCUACAACCUCGGGUGGAGCUUCGGUCUGUUUCUGGAGGAUGUGCCACGGCGACUCGGCACUAAUGAAGCGCUGGACCGCGCCAUAGAAGCGGUUGUGACCGCACACGGGGACUUCUGCAUGCGCCAGCAAGGGUCCGUUCAGGCGCUAACAAAGUACUCUGCUGCCCUGCGCACCCUUCGCGUAUAUCUCGAUGACAAGGUCCAUGCACAGGAGUCCAAUACUCUAGCAGCAGUCAUGGUCUUGCUAAUUUGUCAGACGUUUCUGGGUUACUCGAAUCAGAUGUGGUCUGGGCAUGCCGAGGGGGCAGCGCAGAUCCUCAGAGCACGGGGGCAGUUUGGCCCGCGCGAUAAGUUUGAGACGAAAUUGUUCUUGUCAUUGAGAGGGAGCGUUUUAUUCGAAGGUCUUUUCAACGAGCGAAUCAACCUUGCUCCUGAGGAAUGGAAUGAACUCAUUGUCAACGAACUAGAUUCCGAAACUCCAGAUGGCCGCAUGCUACGUUGUCUCGCUCGCGGCCCACGCAUUGUCCGACGAGCCCGCAACCUGCUCCACACUGGUGUCGACUCCACCGGAGUGCGGGACGAGCUGUGGUCCAUCUAUCAAACCUGCAAGCUCAACUUAAAUCAGCUUCAGAAGCGGAAUAUCGAGAAGGACCUUAGUGACAUUGUCACCGAGCUGCGGGGCACUGAUUGGGAAGAUACAAAGAGAUUUAUUCUAGCCUUUUUUGAGCGUGCAUACGGUAUUGGAUUAUGCAUUACGCUCUUUUUCAACUGCAUGUUGCAGUCUCUUGAUAUCCACCGGGAUUCGGUCCAGGUCGAUGCAGUGUACUUUGCCGAAGAAACACUGGUACUCGCCAGGCUUUCUCAUGUGUUCAGACCUAUCGGGGCUGGGUAUUUGAUUAUAUGCCUAUCUGUUGCAUGGGCGGCGAACUCCGAUCCGGAAUUGAGGUCGAGGCUUCUCACAACGUUGAAGGACUAUCAUGAUGAUUUCAAGGUACGCGAUCCGGCACAUAUGAUGGCGGAGCUGGACUGGACAGCGGAGCAUAUUCACCUGGGGACUCCGUUUGAGAAUAAUAGCAUUGAGUAUGGUCAAAGGACCGAUAUAGCAGUAUAG